AUGACGGGUGACUUAAGAACUCUGCCUCAAGCUGUAAUAGAUAAAGCUAUGCAGUGGAAACCUAUCUUGAUCUUUUUUUUUUUGGUUCAUUCUUUCAGGGAUAUUAAUCCUCAUAUUCCACAGUAUAUCUCUCAAGCUCCUUGGUACUAUGGCACCUCAAGACCAACCUUGAAACAUCAACGACCUCAAGAAGAAAAACAGAAACAAUUUUCAUCUUUAAAUGAGUGGUAUAACAGAGGAACUCAAGCUGUUGCCCCUGCUGCUACUAAGUUCAGGAAAGGAGCUUGUGAAAACUGUGGAGCAAUGACUCACAAGAAGAAACACUGUCUUGAGAGACCUAGAAGAGUUGGUGCCAAGUUCACUGGUGAUGAUAUCAAACCUGAUGAACAACUACAGCCACAACUUUCAUUUGAUUAUGAUGGAAAAAGAGACAGGUGGAAUGGUUACAAUGUUGAAGACUACAAGAAAGUUGUGGAGGAAUAUACCAAGUUAGAAAUGGCCAAACAACACUUAAAAGCGGAAAGGUUGGAGGAGGAAUUAGCAGAAGGAAAAAAGCCUGAAGUCGUGGUAAGACACUUGUAUUGACUGGAAGAAGAAAUCAUAAAAUUCUGCUGUACAAAAGCCUUAAAACNAAUAAAUUGUCUUAUCACUCAGUAUUUGUAUAACCUGGACCCCAAUUCAGCGUACUACGAUCCAAAGACAAGGUCAAUGAGAGAGAACCCUUUCAAAGAAAGAGAUGGAAUUGCAAACAAUGUUACCUAUGAAGGAGAUAACUUUGUUCGUUUCUCUGGCGACACACAGAAGAUGGCUCAAACACAAAUGUUUGCAUGGGAGGCUUAUGAGAAAGGAGCUGAUGUCCAUCUUCAGGCAGAUCCCACCAAACUUGAACUUUUACACAAAGAAUACAGAGUGAAGAAAGGUGACUUUGAGCAAGACAAGAAACUCUCGAUUCUUGAUAAGUAUGGAGGUGAAGAACACUUGAAUGCUCCACCCAAAGACUUGUUGCUAGCCCAGACUGAACAUUAUGUUGAAUACUCAAGGACUGGAAAAGUUAUUAAAGGUCAAGACAAAGCUGUUGUAAAAUCCAAAUACGAGGAAGACGUGUACACAAACAAUCAUACGAGUGUGUGGGGAUCAUACUGGCAGGAAGGAAGCUGGGGUUAUGCCUGUUGCCAUUCCUUUGUGAGAAACUCAUACUGUACAGGAGAGGCUGGUAAAGCAACCCCUGCCUCAAGGGUAGGUUUGAAACUUUCAGCUCACAGUUUUGGUUGAUGGCCAAAUUAUCCCUCCUGUAGGAUGGACCUGAUAACAGAAUCCAAAUGAAACACCUGCCAGGGUGAAGGUCAAGUUAGGUGAUGCAAUUUGCAACUUGCAAUAUUGCAGCAAACAUAUGAUUGCAUGAAUUCCCAGUUUGAAGACGUUUUACAUGUAACACCCCAUCUUGCAACCUACAGAAUGUUAUGUUGCAAGUUGCAAGAAAAUUGCCACAGUGCAACACAUUCAUAGAAACUUACACUGUACAUGUAGCACCUUUAUGCAACUUGCAAUGUUUUUCAGUUGUCAUCAGUGUAUCCCAAGAAAUUGCUUCAUAUAACUUACAUAUGUAGGCUUUAGAAACUAUUAGUCAGCUCGCAAUAAUUAUUGAAGAGGGGCAGAGAUUAACAGUAC